GUCUAUAUCUCUUCACAGGUCUCUUAAUUUGUGUCUGUCUUACAUUAAAUAGUGUCCUUGUUAAUACAAGUUGAGUUGUCAGUUUCAGUUUCAGUCAGUCAGUCAGUCAGUCUGCUUUGCAUGCACGUGUCUUCGUGAAGAAAUUGUCAGAAAACAUAAUUUCAUAAGUGAAAGUGACCCCUCGAAAUCAUGGAAAUCAUACCCAUCAAAACACCCACCAGCCAUUCUUAUUAUUACCACCGGGUCAUAAUUUUAUUACCGUUUCUCUCCCUCUUACUUUCACCCUGCGCCACACUCGUGACGACCAGAAAACACAAAGGUGAGCCGGAGGUGGACCUGUUUCCUGGUGGAGGGCGUGGUCGGGGACCUCUCCAACCCGGCACGACGCUCACGCUAAACGUCCCCCCGCAAAAUAUCGUGCCCCCCGACCAAGCCAACAUGUGGGAGUCGUACGUCCAUGAGGUCAACGGUCCGCGUCGGGCGACCGUUUUCAUAACGCCGAACGCCCUCCGGACCAAGGGCGAUGACGGGAUUAAUGAUCCCAGGGGCACGGUGAGGUAUAACUUUAUGCCGAAUGGGUACCUUGGAAAGGGCGUGAUUACAAAUCCGGCCGAUGAGUCGGCACCUUAUACGCAGGCGAAUGUUCCUGAAAUGCAUGCUAAUGCGUACGCGGAGCAGGGAACGUUAGGAACCUUUUGAUGAUGGAUACCAUUAAGUAUUCGUGACAUGAAUGUUAAAAUAUGAAGUUUUGUUGUGUUUAGAAUUUAAGUUUGAUAUGUACUGAUGAGAUGACUGAAUAAGAGAAUUGUGAGACUCGCAAUUUGCAUAGUAUGAAUAAUUCACUUUCGUUGAGGUCUAGAAUUUCUAGGAUUAUUUUAUUUUGUUCGUAUUUAAAUUUCUGAAAUAUUUUUGUUAUAAAUUUUGUAAUAAAUGCGUACCUGAUCUUAUUAAA